GGCCACCCAACUUCUAACACCUAGGCAACAUGAGUAGCAACAACCAGGGGAACAGCCAGAACCACCAGCACCUGCACUCCCCAUCCAAACUAACCGAAUUCGCCCGCAACUUCGAGGACAAGCCGGAGUCGCUCUUCGGCCGGGUGGUGAACAAGAUCCAGAAUGUGUACAACCAGAGCUACAAUACAGUGAAUGAUAUAUCCAGCGGGAGCAGCAGUAGCAACGCUCCAACGCAACCCGUUCAAGUGGGCAAAUCCCAGUUCUUUAGUGAUUCCCAGACGUCCAUCGCUGAGGUCGCCGAUGCAGAGACAUCCAGCUUGAGUUCGGGCCGCCCGCAGCCACCCACAACGCUCAGCUUGAGAACGCACAGCACCUCCAGCACAACAGCCGCCGAGGAUUCCGAGGCCAGCGAGCGCAUCGAGGCGCUGCCCCUGCCAACCAGCGAAGCGAAUCAGGGCCGCACUGUUUCCAACGUGCUCAAGCACAUCAGCAAUAUUGUGGCUACGAAAAACAACAAUGACCUGCGCAACUACAAGGACACGGAGCUGCAGCGCUUCUGGAUGCCCGAUUCGAAGGCCAAGGAGUGCUACGACUGCUCCCAGAAGUUCUCCACCUUCCGGCGAAAGCACCACUGCCGUUUGUGCGGCCAGAUCUUCUGCUCCAAGUGCUGCAAUCAGGUGGUGCCCGGCAUGAUAAUCCGCUGCGAUGGCGACCUCAAGGUGUGCAACUACUGCUCCAAGAUUGUCCUGACUUUCCUAAAGUCCUCUAGCUCUGAGAUGGGUCAGGAUCUGCAGGCGCUGCAGCAGCACUUGAGUAACAAGCUAGAGGUUCAAGACAGUGGCACACCGCAUGCAAAGCAUCCGCAGCAGCAGCGGGCACCACUGUCGCGGAAGAUGUCCGUGGGCUACCAGGAGGAGCGGUUCAGUUCGCAUCCAACUUACACCACGCUCUCCAUUGACGAUCGCAAGAACAUCCUGCAGCAGUCGAACUCAUUAAUAACCCUCCAUGAGGAAAUGCAGCGCGACCUGCCUGCCCAGAAUUGUGGCCAGCGUCUGAUUGAGUUUCUCAACAGCAAUAAUAAGUCGGCCAAUGAGGUGCAGGCGGUGGCUAUUUUGAAUGCCAUGCUGGCCGCUGGUUUCCUCGAGCCCAUCGUUCCAGAUCCCGAGCAGAUGGAGUUUGAUCCCACGCUGCACUACAAGUUCUCCAAGAGCAGCAGUGCGGAUACAUCGCGUACGAUGAGUCCGCAGUUUGAGGCAGCUCCGCAUGCGGAACCACAACCGCCCAAAUCAAUGGAUCAGUCAGCCGAGGAAAAGGAGAAGGAGCUGGAAAACGAACUGGAGAACGAUCGCUGCUUCACCACGGCCACUUCGAAGCUGCUCGCCUCCUACUGUGAGCACGAGGAGCAGCUGCUGGCGCAGAUGUUGCGUGCCCAUGGCUUGGACCAGGAAUGGGACAAGGUGCUUCAGAUGCUCUGCUCCACGGCAGCCAAUCACUUCAAGCCGGAGCACUGUUGCAACGAUUUGAUGGACAUUCGCAACUAUGUGAACUUUAAGAAGGUCCCAGGUGGCAGACGCAAGGACUCAAAGAUUGUUCACGGUGUGGCUUUCUCCAAGAACGUGGCUCACAAGGAUAUGGCCACGCAUGUGCCUUUUCCACGCAUCCUGCUGCUGCAGUGCCCAAUUGUUUACGAGCGAAUCGAGGGCAAGUUUGUCACGAUUGAGACAGUUCUUCUCCAGGAGAAGGAGUACUUGCGCAAUGUCUGUGCCCGCAUCAUGAGCUUCACACCCAAUGUAGUUCUCGUUCACAAGAAUGUGGCGGGCAUUGCCCAGGAUCUUCUGAGAUCCUAUGGAGUUACACUCGUCUUGGAUGUAAAACUUUCGGUGAUGGAGCGUCUGUCGCGCACCCUGCAGUGCGACAUUGUCAGUUCCAUAGAGUCGAAUAUAACCAUGCCCAAGCUGGGCGACUGCAAUGAUUUCUACAUACGCAACUACAAUGGCAAGACGCUGAUGUUCUUCGAGAAGCUGACCAAUCCGCGGGGAUACACGUGUCUCUUGAGAGGAGGAAGCAAUGCGGAACUCACGAGGGUCAAGCGAGUGGCAUCGGCACUGCUUUUUGCACGCUACAAUUGGCGCUUGGAGAUGUCGUUCUUGUUGAACGAAUUCGCCCAGCCGCUGAGUCCAAAACCCUCGAUUUUCGACUCCAAGGAAACGAGUCCAAAAACCGAAACGGAGGCGGAACUUCGAGCCAAGCGACCUGUUAUUGUGGAACGCAAAUCGGAGGAUAAGAUUACCACCAUUGUCAGCGAGAAUGUGUCGGAUUUCACGGAUCCCCUGCGUUCGUCUCAAGCCGAAGCGCUGUCCACAUCGCCUUGUGCUCCUCCAGUAGUAGAAGCCUUGGCUGUGGAACCGCGAUAUGAUAACAGAUUCCGCACAGCACUUAGUUCGACUCUGCUCUCUGUCAGUCCCUUUCUCACCUUUCCUCUGCCUUACUUAGAAACGGAGCAGGGCAGGAAGUGCAAGCUGCGCAAGCUCUUUCCCGCCGAGCUGUACUUUUCCAAGCAGUGGUCGCGCACGGGAUUGGAGCGGCCAGAUAGCUUGGGCGAUGGCGAGGCGAGAUCGGAGCCAGGAAACAAGGAAAACCAGCAGAUGCAACUGCUGCCGGCUCAUGACUUUGUGCAGAUGAAGAUCACGGCGCCGGCGAGCAGUCGCGACAUUCAGUCCAAGCUGGCCGAGUUCCGAUCCUUUGGCGGUCGCUUACCCAAGGGCAAGGCUCCCAUGCUGCGGCCGAAGAAAAAGAACGCAGAGGUUAUACAGCGGCCGCAAAAGGUGAGCGAGGAGCAGCUGUACAAGGACGCACUGGAUCCGCAGAACCACCAGCGACUCCCAGUGCUCUUCUGCAGCUUCCACUACAAUCCCAAGGGCGUGUCCUCCUUCUGCAAGAUGCCCAUGCUGCUGGACAUGAAGUUUUACGGGCAAUAUGACAUCAUGCUGGAGCAGUUCCUUCAGCGAUACUGCUGUCUCUUCAACUCGAUGUGCCCGUCGUGCAAUUUGCCCAUGCUGGGUCAUGUGCGUCGCUACGUUCACUCGCUGGGAUGCGUCCAUGUUUACCUGACCGAGGAUUUAACCCGUUCCGAUCCGAAGCGCAUAUACUUUACUUCUUGGUGCAGCAUUUGCAAUGCCACCACUCCUACAAUUCCGCUGGCCGAUUCCGCCAAGUGCCUUUCGCUGGCCAAAUACCUGGAGAUGCGUUUCCAUGGCCACGCCUACAGGCGACGCACUCCUCCCGCCGACGCCGAGCAGAGUGGCUCUCCUUGCGAGCACUCUUUGCAUCGCGAUUAUGUACACCACUUCAGUUUCCGCGGAGUGGGCGCCAAGUUCCAAUAUACACCCGUUGAGGUUUGGGAAACGGAUCUGCCUUCGCUGACUUUGCAACUGGAUCUGCCGCCACCGUUUCCCAGCUCCCAAGCGCAGGAGGAGAUCAAGAACUUCUCGGUGCGCGGGCAUGAGGUGUACAACAGGAUUCACGAGCGCAUCGCUGACCUCGCCACCGAGGAGGAGAACUCGCCGCUGGUGCAGCAACUGAAGACAAUGCUCACCCACGACCAGUUUAUCUUCAAGCAGAAGAUCGAGAUCGUACACACGCUGCUCACGGAUGACAGGGCCACUGCCUACGACACCAGUGAUGCCAUGGCCAUGGCAAGGAGAGCUCUGGCCGAGAGCAUCGAGCUGUGGGGCCCGCGGCUGCAGGAGAUCGAGAAGCUGACCGCCAAGCAGGCACAUCACAUCGACUCGGGAACCAUCUGCACGGAGGAACUGUCUGCGGAUUCCUCGAAAGACAGUGAAUCGCUGGAGUGUCCCAGCGAGGAUACGGAAGUUAAUGCCUCCAACAGCCAGUCAGUUGUGGAUAAGAAGUUCUCCAUUGACCAGCUGCUGGCCUCCACCGUGAAUGUCUACUCGGAUAAGAAGUCCAUCAGGCAGAUUCUCACCCAGCUGCUGCCGUCGGCGAAUCAGACGAAUCCCCUGCAGUCACCUUUUCCCGCACAGGAUCAUCUGACGCUUCCCAUGGGCUGCAUUCCCAUUCACGUUCGAGAAACCGAUCUGAGUUCGGUAAUUGCCUACAGUUUGACCUCGACGGAAUAUCAGAAGGCAGUGGACGAGGCGAAGGUGAAUUCCUCAACUUCUGCUGCCCAUUCAAGUCCGCAGUUGAAGCGAAAGAUUCCACUGGCCGAGAGCAUAAGCGAUGCCGAGGACAGUCCCAGUCUUUCGCGCACUUCAAGCAACACGAGUGCCGCUCCGAAUGCCUCAGUUCCUCCUCCAGCAGCCGCGGCUUCUGAUACCGAGGAGAAGAGCAAGGAGCGCCAAAGCACAAAGCAGACACCGAGUCCACAUAUCACCCUGGCAUUCCAGGACCAGAGCUGCCACUUUCAGUGCAAGAUCUACUUUGCCCGCGAGUUUGAUGCAAUGCGAUCUAAGAGCUUGAAGCCACCGAAGCUGGACAAAUCGCUUUAUCGCCGGCUGGAGAAGAGCAAGAUGCGCGAGGAGCUGAGAAUCUCACAGAGUCGCACCGGUUCCGAAAUGGAGUUGGUGCGCAAGCCCAGCGACGUUGGAGGGCCUCGGAAUACCGAGGAGGAAUCGAAUCUGGAAGAGGACGCCAGGAUCGCUUUGGCGCGAAGCCUUUGCAAAAGUGUCCAAUGGGAGGCGAGGGGCGGUAAAUCGGGUUCCCGCUUCUGCAAGACGCUUGAUGAUCGUUUUGUGCUUAAGGAAAUGAACUCAAAAGACAUGACCAUCUUUGAACCAUUUGCUCCCAAGUAUUUCGAGUACAUCGACAGGUGCCAGCAGCAGCAACUGCCCACAUUGCUGGCCAAGAUAUUUGGCGUUUUCAAAGUCAGCGUUAAGAAAAAGGAUUCCUUCGUGGAGCGUUCGGUGAUGGUCAUGGAGAAUCUGUUCUACGGCUGCGAAAUUGAAAACAAAUUCGAUCUUAAGGGCUCAGAGAGAAACCGUUUGGUGGAUCCCAGCAACCAGCAAGGCGAAAUUGUCCUACUGGAUGAGAAUCUGGUGCAGAUGUCCUGGUCAAAGCCUUUGUAUGUACUGUCGCAUAGUAAAACAGUCUUAAGGGAUGCCAUCCAGCGGGAUUCCUCCUUUCUGGAGAGAAACCUCGUCAUGGACUACUCACUGCUGGUGGGUUUGGACAAGAAAAACAGCGUUCUUGUUCUGGGUAUUAUAGAUUACAUUCGCACCUUCACGCUGGACAAGAAAGUGGAAUCCAUUAUCAAGGGAUCGGGCAUCCUGGGCGGCAAGGGCAAGGAUCCUACGGUGGUCAAUCCAGAGCGCUACAAGCAGCGCUUCAUCGACGCCAUGGAUCGCUAUUUCCUCACAGUUCCGGAUCGCUGGGAGGGCCUCUCUAAGGUCUGAUCACACACACACAUUAGUUAACACAACUUAGCAAUAGACGCAAUAAAGUAGACGCCAAUCCCACUCAA